GUGCUUGAAUGUAAAUGCUCGUCGCUCCGUACCGGACUAGCGUGAAGUGGGCCUUUGCGUCCAGCCUUACACCCGAUCCCAAUGUUUAAUCAGGCCACACCACCUCCCAAUGCGCUUAAUGGGUGGGUGGGAGGGUCUUCGGCUGGUCCGCAAGUUUUAAGCCUUAGGUCCAGAGCGGCGGUCGAUGGCUUAGCCUUUCUUGGCACUGACGCGACUAGCUCCGCGCAGCCUUCCUUUGUUCCUGGAUGGGGCUUACGUGGUGUGGUCCCUCUUCGCACUGGCGGCCUCGGCCUUCCGGGGGGUCCGCUUUCCUUGGUUGGAUUGUCGGCUCCCUCUCUCGAGUCUCCACCUUUGGCGCCUUCUGAGUUCUUUCUUGGCCCUGGGGUUGUCACCGGCGCCGCCGCCGGAUCCGCUGGGCCCCCCGUUAGCCGGCCUUUCCCGCUGGGCGUUCCUGCCCAGGCACUUGCCCCCUUGGGUGUGGCUCGCGGUCGCCUAGACCAGGUUAUCGCUCGGCUCCGCCCUUCGCCCCUCAUUUCAGCCGCGGAUCAAGAAGCGUCUUACCAGCGGGGUCUGGCCGCGGCCAACCAGAUGCUCCUUGGUGCCCUAGCCUCUUCUACGGUGUCCCGCCAGGAUGGUGCCGUCACCGAGUUCCUGAGUUGGCUUUCCAGCCAUGGUCGUGGUCGGGACUGCCGUGACGCAUACCACGGCAUUUUGAUGGCGAUGACGAUGACGAUGGCACAGCAGCAUUCAUGGUUGACGCUGUCCUGGGUUUGGAGUAGCGGAGGCUCGCUGCUGAACGAGCACCCGUUCAAGAAGACCUCCCAAGACCGCCUCAGCGUUGCCAGGCAGGGCCUAGAGCAGCUCGUGAUGGACCUUCGGGGGCACGGCAUGACCCAUGGGUCGGUGACCCAGAUCGUCGGAGCAGACGGAGGCGGCGAUGGGGAUCACGACAACGGGCCAGGGGCCAGUGCAUCCGUGGCGGCGACAACUCCUGGCCCUGCCCCGCUGCGCACAUCUCCUCUUGCCCCCGUCACCAGCCUGGACUUUGGUGCUGCAGACGCGUGCAGAACUCCACGUCAGACUCGGCGGGUUUGGAGGAAAGGCGAGGUUGCUGCCGCCGCCACCACCGCUGGGGCUACUGGUAAUGGUGGCGCUGGUGCCGGUGCUGGUGGGGCCUCCACGGCGGCGGCCCCGACCGGUGGGAACAUCUUGAUCACUGGCCUCAAAAAUGCUGACUGUGGCAGCAGCGGCAGCAGGAGCAUCGGCGAUGGUACUUGCAGCGUGAGCUUUGGAGGACUGGCCGGCCCCAUUUGGGGCUUGGGAACGGCUGCGGGGGCCGAAGGGGAGGAGGACGAGGAGGAGGAGGAAGAUGGCGUCUUUGAUGACUGUGCAGGUGGCGUAACUUCACUUAGUCAGCAAACGGGCGGUGAAGAGGAAACCGGCGACCCUGCCGUCGCCCAGGAUUUGGCAGGGCUCCUUGGAACAGGUACCGAGUCUGCGGCCUCUGCGCUGCGCCGAAGUGCCUCGGUGCCGAUGUUUGCCAUGGAGCGGCCAGGGGAGCUCGAGGGAAUGGGGCUUGCUGCCGGAAACACCGGCGGCGGUGGUGCCGUACGAACUCGCUUCACCAACCGACCCAUCUCCUUUCUGUCGAAGCGUUCUCCAGGCAAAUCUCAGUUAUCAACGACGGGAUGGCACACGCCACGGGCGCGCCUGCCGGUGCUCCGUCGCUGCAGUACAGCUGCUCCCGGCGGUGGCGGCGGCGGCGCUGACGCUGGCGGCGGUGAUGGCGCUACAGCCGUUUGCACCCGGCGGCCCCAUCUUCGCACUGUGAACGCUGGCGCUGGUUGGGGGUCCAGGCACCUUAGCGGCAGUAGCAGCCGCAGCGGACACGUGCUGCUGCCGAGCGGUACGGCAGCUGGCGGUGGCGGCAGUGGGGGCAUGGUCUGUGGCGUCUUGUUGUUGAGCGGCGGUGGCGCUGGGGGCGGUGUAGAGGGCUCAGAGCAGAAGGACAGCUGCAGCGGCAGCAAAAUCCUAUGGCCACCAGGGCUACAGCCGCUGCCGCCGCCGCCGCCUCUGCUGGCGAGGGUGCUGAACCUGGGGAGGGGCGUGGCGGGAGGUACGGCCGCGGUGGCGGCGGCGGCAGCGAUGGUGCCGCCGGACCCGGUGCCGUACAAUAGCAAGCCGGCGGCGACUCUGCAGGAGGCGACGGCGACGAUGCCAACGGGGCCCCCUCACGGUUUCGUGGCUGCGUCCGGGGGUCAGCGGCACCCGCCUUACGCGUCCAAGCACAUGUCCCAGAUGGCGCUGUUGCCCUUCCUGCAGCAGCAGCAGCAGCAGUCCAGCAGCACCUUGCUGCCGGUGGCGCUGUCAGCUCCCGGGUCCUUCAACCUCGCCGCGCUUUCCCGGGAGAUCACCGGGCUGCGGUGGAUCGGUCAAGGGGGGGGAGGGGCGGUGUUUCAGGGCAUGUGGCAGGGUGUGUCAGUGGCGGUGAAGUUUCUGCUCACGGAGGCUGACGGGCUGGUGGACGCCGCCGCGCUGGAGGGCGUCGUGAGCUCCGUGGUAUUGGGUCUAGGGGCUCCUACUGUUGAUAUUGUUGAUACUUCUGCUCUUUGCGGGUGCAGUAAUGCACGGCCCGCUGGCCCGCUGGCUCUACUCUUCGAGCUUCUGGAGUCCCUCAUGGAAUCAUGCACGACAUUUUCGGACAGCAACAAUCACGUCCGCCGUGCCAGAGCGCUGCACAUAGCCGCCAGCGGCGGUAAUUUCGGCGCGUUCGCCCUUGCCAGUUGCCCUGGUGGCGGCAGCGGUGGGGUGUGCGCAGCAGUACAGCGCCUGUCGCGGCUGGGCGUGCCGAGCCUGGGUGAGCUUGGGCCGCUCACGUCAGCGCAGCUGGCACCGCCCUGCAGCACUGAUGGCGGCGGCGGGGAGGUCGUUACACCUGGCGGCGCUGGUCGCAGCUGGGGGGCCCCUCUCCUCGCCUCCUGCCGAGCACGUUCCAUACCGCCGGGGUCGUCGAGGACCUUGGGCACUGCCGCCGCCGCCGCCGCCGCCACCGCCACCGCCGUCACCCCGGUCGCCGCUUCUCCUGACACGUCCGCGGGUGCCGCCGCCGCCGGAACCGCCGCAGGGGUCGCCGUCGAGACCGCUGCGGACGCCGCCGUCGGCCCCCCCACCGCCAGAGGCGGUGGCGGCCUGCCGCGUGCGCUGAGGAGCUGGUUCGUGGACAUUUGGGGUCAGCAGUCACCCCCCGUCAUCCAACCGUCACCGCCGCUGUUGCGCCAUCCGCAGCCGCCCAGCAGCCCUUCUCGCAGCGCUUCGUUGAUGGCGAUGCUUCGCGCUCGCUCCCAGGUGCGCCAAGGGCAUCCUCCUUCCCCUUCUGCUUCCGGUCCCGCCGUCGCCCUUGCCGUCGCGACCGGCACUGACGAGUCUGAUGCAGACGUGGUCAUUGCCCGCAGCGGCGGGGAUGGCUGUUUUCGGCCUGCGUCUGCAGCGGCAGCUCUCGGCCGUGGCCGCGGCAGCGGCAGCGGCAGCGCGGCAGUGACUGUUACAGCGGCGGCGGCGGCGGCGGGGUCCGCACACGCUGCAGCAGUUGAUUCGACCAGCUAUGGGCCUGUCAUUGGAAGUCUGUUUAGUGGUGCCUCGACGGCAGCUGGGUGGAACUGCCACGCGAAGCUCAAUUCGACGUUCCACUCGGACGACGGGUUUGGAGACCCCGAGGCCGGUAUGGGGACGCAGUGCUGGACUGUACGGCAGGUUUUGUCGUACCUAAAGGCCCGGCCGGGGAUGUACUUGACGUACAUUAUCAUGGAGUACUGCGACCGCGGCUCGCUCCUCUCGGCCAUCAAACGCGGCGUCUUUCAAACCGACAGCAUGUGGCCGCACGACAAGGACAAGGACAAGGACGGUCUCGGCGGAGGCGCUGGCGGCGGCGGCGGCAGUACGGGGACGGGGACUGGCGGCGGAGGCGGAGGCGGUGGCGCCUGGUCGUUGUGGACCUCCAGCACCACCUUUGGGCGCAACAACUUGACAGCCCCUCCUAAUCGGCCGCCUCGUAACACCGCCACUACCACCACCACCGCCACUAUUACCGCCACCGCCAGCCCGGCCAGCAGCAUUACCGUGGCGUUGCCUACGGCCGAGUUUCCCUUGGGUUUACAUGACCAGCAGCAGCAGCAGCAGCAGCAGCUUUCCUCGGCGCCUUCCGGAACCGCGUCCAGUUCCCGACGAGUGGUGCUUCGGGCGCUACUUCGCACCGCCCGAGACGUCGCGCAGGGCAUGUGCCACCUGCACUCCAACGGCAUCAUUCACGGAGAUCUCAAACCGGGAAAUGUGCUGCUCAGGGGAUGCAGGUCCGACAGGAGGGGUUUCACAGCGCUCGUCAGCGACUUCGGCCUCAGCAAGGUGACGCGCGGCGAAAAACCGUUGGAUCUCAACCACUGGUCAACGGUGACGGUUAUGGCGCCGGAGGUCAUCAACGGCACGUGGCUCAAGGCCUCAGAUGUGUUCUCCUUUGGCAUCUUGUUGUGGCAGCUGGUCACGGGCGAGAUUAUGCCGUACGGCACGUGCACCGUACCGCAAAUCUUGGUCGGCGUGUCGCAGGGUUCGCUGAAACCCGAGUGGCCCUCCUCCGCCCACCCCGCACUUGUACGACUUGGGCGGGCAUGUCUGUCUACAAGCCCGGAGAAGAGACCCAAAUUUGAGGCGAUUGUCAAGCGCGCCACAGCUCCCGUACUUCCCUUCCUCGCUGCUCGGUUUAUAAGUGUGCUCACUACAUUCCAAACUCCAAACUCCAAACUCAAGAAGAACUCAAGAAGGACUCCAACAACCCUCAAACCACUUCAUCGGGCAUCGGGCUGCAACUUAGUCGCCCUUUCCGGGGCAACCCAGAAUGCCGCCUCCACGUUGAUUAAGGGGCUGCACGGUUCUGUAGCCACUAAUACCGCUCGCAACGCGGUGAACAGUUGCAACCAAGAAUUGUGGCUUGCGCCAAAGCCCGAAUGCCACGUGGAUCCCAAUAAAGCGAGAACGAACUGCCCUGGGUGUUUAUCACGUAAUGCGCAUCUGUUUGCGAAGAUGCUGACCAAGAUUGAAAAAGACUCAACUGCCGGCGGCGGUGACGGCAGCGCCUGGUGGCAGCGACGGAGCCAUACCGGUGCGCCCCUCGCAUUUGCCCGAGCUGAUGCUGAUGCUGAUGCCGCCGCCAUUGCUACUCUGGAGCGGCUGCUGCUUCAGUUUGCUGCUGGGUUUAGAGGCGCAGAGGCGCACAGAGGCGCAGAGGCGCUAGACGAAGUCUAA